AUGUCGGACGACGAAUUGCAUCGCGAUCAUCGGCUCGACGAGGAGAUCAGCGGCAAACACGGCGCGGAAGCCGCGCCGGCAGAUGCGAAGAACGUUCCGGGAGCCGAGCCGUGCCGGCAGUGGUUUCCCAGCCGCUGGAGGUUCGGGUGGCGACGACCGCCUUCCAUCGCCGACAUCUGUGCAGCGACGAAUGCGACAGCUGCGAGCGAAUCGGCGACAGAGGCGACUGCCCUGACAAUACCCCCAACAUCUGACGUCAGUAGUAGCAAAGGCGGCUGCAGCGGCAGCGAAGGUGGAAGCCAACCUCCCCCGCCGCGGCCACCGGCGGGGUCUGUGGCGCGGGUGUGGCUAUGGCUGUGGUCGCGGCGCGACGUGCUGCUGAUGAGCACGGCGUUUCUCUUCUUCUUCGUGGCGUUCAACGCGCUGCAGAACGUCGCGACGAGCAUCCACGGCGCGAGCAACAUCGGCGCGCUCUCCAUGGGCGUGCUUUACGCCGUCAUCGUCGUCUCCGCGCCGCUCUCGCCCUUCCCUAUCCGCUUCUGGCGCGCGCGUGCCGCCAUCCUCGUCGCGCAGACGGGUUUCUGGGCUUUUAUCGGGUCCAACGCGUUCACUAUAGAGUGGCUGCUUCUGCUCGCGUCGUGCUACCUCGGAGUCUGCUGGUCUGUCGUCUGGGUGGCGCAGGGAGUGUACCUCGUUGCUGCUGCAGGCGUCUACAGUAAGCGUUACAACAAGCCUAUGGAUGCCGUGGUUACCGAAUUCAGCUCCUUGCUCUCCUGGCUCCUCCGUGAUCUCAAACCAAUAGAAGAGUGCCACGUGGACGACGCCACCCUGAAUUCCAAGCGCUGUGUUGCUGCUCUGGCUCCCUGUCCGUCGAUUUCAUCCGCCCGAUCGCUUUCAAUCUUCACCGUUGAUUGGGAGGAGAUGGAGGAGCAGGCGGAGGAGGAAAUGGAAGUAAUAGAGGAGGAAGACGAGAGCGAGGAGGAGGGGGAGGAUGAAGGGACGGAGGAAGAUAAGGAAGAGGAGGGAGAGUGCGGACUUCACGCGCUAUGUGGUGCAGCCGCUGCUGGAGCGCAGUGGAUGGGCGGAGCCAUGAUGGUCUUUGGGGUCGCCAUUGCUGCCUGCUGUUUCUUUGCAGUUCGCUACGCCAUGGGCCUCUCGUCGAUUCGCCUCAUGCUGCUGCUCGGUGCUGCCUCACAGGCAGCCGUGCUCGUGCUUACAUGGGUCUUCCAGGACAGACCCAUGUCAGAGCCUGCAGCAUUCGCGCUGGUGUUCGGCUGUGCGCUGCUGUGGGGAAUCGGCGCCACGGCCUUCCAAUCGCAGAUCACAGCGCUCCUCCCAUUGGUCUUCCCGUCUGACGUGGUAAGCUGCCAUUGGUCUUCCAUUGCGCUCUAA